AUGUCAAAGAGGAAGAAUAUUGAUGAGGAUGAUGAUAUCAGCGACAUCAGUAGCAAGACAAAUAGAGCCUACAAUAAUGUGAAACAAAAUGGUGGUGUUCAUACCAUUCAUAAGGACAUUGCUGUCAACUAUAUUAUCUGUAAUGAUAACAACAACACAAAUAACGAUUACGAAGAUGAUGAUGAAAGUAGCAACAAUGACGACAAUUGCAGCAGUAGUGUCAAGACGAUAAAACCAAUCAAGAACAGAAGGAAAUACAACAAAAACAGUCAUAGCAGAGACAACUCUCCUCCUAAAUGCUCAUCACCACCCUUAGCAACAUCAACCGCCAUUGUCACAGCUAUCCAACAACAAAACAGCGUACCAACUGAAAAGAAUCUUGAAGAUCUACACCUCAACAAUAGCCAGGAGAUCCCUACACUACUUAAUAGCAAUAGCAACAGUCAUUCAUUGCCAACAACUACUCCAAUAACAAAUUGUAUACAGAACAACUCAACAAACUUAUCAAUAGUUCACAAUAAUAAUAAUAAUGACAAUCAACGACAUAAGGAUCAUUCAACACCGCCGUCAGUCAACAUCACUGGUCACUCCCCAUCACUAAAUGGUGUGCCCUCAUCAAGGCAGCCGAUAGGCAAUUCGUCACCAAACCCAAAUGCAACUACUUUACACAACAACAACAACAACAACAACAACAACAACAACAACAACAACAACAACAACAACAAUGUACACACGAACAAUAAUCAUCAACAGCAGCCAACUCAAACAUCCAACGUCAUUACAAAGCGUAGUCCAUUGCUCAGAUCACCACCUUGGCUGGAAGAGGCCAACUAUCAGGUGGACGACCCUAGCUCACUAGAGUUGGAGAAAGAGUUGGAGAUAUUCUAUCAGUGGCUGGCACCGACACAAUAUGAGAACAGGAUGAGACAGCUGAUAGUCAACCAGAUUGAGUUUAUCGUUCACGAAAGGUGGCCCACAGCAAAGGUCAUUGUAUUUGGAUCAUUCGCAACGGACAUUUGCAUCCACUCGAGCGACAUUGAUAUUCAAGUAUCUGGAAUCAAUGACAACAACAACAACAACAACAAAGGCGACAGGUUCUACUACUAUGACCCAAUCAGAGAGCUCCAUGCCAAGCUGAUAAAGGGCUAUCAAAGCAUAUUCUCAAACAUUAAGCUCAUCCCAUCAGCCAAAGUUCCAAUCAUCAAGAUGUCUCACAAGGGCUCCUCGUACAAUGUGGACAUAUGCUUUGAAACACCGAAUGGCAUCGAGAAUACUGUCAUUGUCAAGCACUACUUAAAAAAAUACAAGUCAAUGCGAUUGCUAUUGAUGUUGUUAAAGUAUUUUCUAUUCCAACACAACCUUAACGAAACAUACACUGGUGGCAUUGGCUCAUAUGCACUUGCACUGAUGGUGGUCAGCUUCAUUCAACUUCGAUACGUGCCCUACGAGAAGAGAUUGAGUACCAACAGAGCAACCGAUCAAAAGAGCAGCUAUCGACAUGCUGGAGAUGACACUGAUUAUGGUGCCAUGCUCUUGGAGUUCUUUCAGCUGUAUGGCGAAUCAUUCCAGUACAGCAAACAUGGUAUAUCAUUGAACAAUUGUGGCUACUACUAUCAAAAGACCGAUCAGUUUGGCACCAGUCUCUCGAUACUCGAUCCACAUGACCCCAACAACGAUGUUGGAAAGAAUAGUUUCAACAUUGCCCAAGUCAAAGAGCUGUUCACAAACUCAUUCAUCAAACUAAUCUCUCAAGAGUUUCGCAAUGAGAAGUAUCCAAGUAUCAAGUGUCCCACCAUUCUCUCGCGCAUCAUUGAUGAGUCGCUUUAUAGACACCAGGCCAAUGGACGCAAGUCAGUAAUUGCUCUCUCAAAGACAAUGGAUGGCUUUGGACAGGUGAAAUAG